GGUUGUGUAUUGCUGCUGAUGAGAGUGCUAUAAUGUGUGCUGCUACCAGCCAUCGACAGGAAAAAGACUAAACGCUUCUCUGAAACCUGAUUAUGGACGCGUCUUGCUAACUCGGAACAGUCUUUGAAAGAUUCAGUUGGGAAUAUUUUAUCUCUCAAUUAAGGAUUAACGGUAGGAUACGGGUUUUGUUCGACAUUUAGGAAGCUAACCGAGCUAACGAGCACAGGUGGAUGAUUCGCCCUGUUCGUUGUGGCCUGGGAAUCUUGGGGAGGGAGAAAAACACUGAUAGAGGAACAGCUGUCUGUUCGUUUGCCAGUGUAGUCAAAAACAAAUAUAGCUAUUAACCUAGAUGUUUUUUGUCAGGGCCCAAGAAUUUGCAGAGAGCCUAGUUAUUUUCUGUUCAGUGAUGUCAAGGCAUGGGGUAACGGGUGGGCCAGCCAGCUAGCUAGCGUUAGCCGAGUUCAUCAGUUUGCUCCGCUUUCGAGAGGGAUGCUUUAGCAAGGCUAACCACCGCUAGCACGUCAAUACCUACCUCUUGGUAGCUAUCCAUGCUAUCCUGCACGGUCAUUCGCUUUUCUCUUCCGAAUAAUUAAUCUGCAUUAAGUGGGCUGUUUAGCAUUGUUUGCCCGACAUGAGAUAUAUAAAAUAGCCUUGAGAAGCGGUGACUUUAGGCAGUUUUGGAUAUUUAAGGAUGGCGAGGCCGAGGGAAGGUUAGCCCGUCCGACAGGGAAUUAACGUGCUGAGGUAGGUCAACACGCUAUCUUGGCUGUACUGCAAACUCAUAAAAUACAGCCGUAACAUGAUGGUCAGAUUUCCAUGAUCCCUCUGUAAAACCGGGUACUAAGCUACCGUGUGUGUGUGGUUUUUUUUUUGUUUGUUUGUUUUGUUUUUUCCUCUCUCGGGCAGUUUUACCCAGCUGUAUGAACCCAGGUAGACGUUGAGUAACCGUAUCUAACAUUAGACGUUAUUUCUUGUAGUUUUGGCAGGAUUAACUAGUUAAUGCGAUAGCGAAACGUUAGCUAACUAACUCAAACGCUAAAUGUCAACGAAUGGUAAUUUGUAUUAUGUUGAGGUUGAAUAGGUUAUUGGGUGGACUGAAAUUAAUUUAACCAAAGUUCACGACUUGCAGGCGAGUCACGGUCUCUAUAGCUGGCUAAUCAGGUAAAGUUGGUCAUAUUUAGCUUUCUAACAGUAUUAGCACGCUAUAAAAAGUAAUAUAGUUGUGUAGCGUUGGGUAUCUAAACACGAAACGAGGAAACCGUGCCAAGCGGCAGAGCAGCUUUGCCUGUUGGAAUAAAUGAACUCAUCAAACGCCAUGGUAACACCGCAGUAAAACAACAGUUCGGUCAUUUAAAGUCCCAGAGAAGUCCGACAGUUAAUUAUUUAUCCCCUAGUACACAGCGGCGCAUGGAUUUUAGCGGCAAUAUUCCUUUUGGCGAAUUAGAUAUGCUGAAACGAAAGCUGACUUUGAAUUCCAAACCUUACUGGUGAGGGGAAUUUUAAUAGAAGGACAUACCUCUGGACUACUUCCUCGUCAGGGGAGAGGAACCUAAAUGGAGCAGGUUCUCUCCAGCCCCCGAGGACAUUCCGAUUGGGAAGCUGACCAGAAUUCCUUUGGAUUCCUUAUUUUAGAUACAGACAAUGACGUCGUUCCCGGCAGCCCUAAAAAUGCCGAGCGACAUCAGAAAGGAGAGCCGCCCAUCGUCUCUCUAAGCUUUGACGAGAUUUUCCAGGAGAACGCCUUCAGUUUAGAUGACCUCUUUCGGGCGUCCCGGUAUUCUGGAUUAGAGCAGACCUACCCCUGGGAGCGGAGUACGGAAUGUGUCUCUCCUCCGCGGUGGGAUAAUCCAUCCCCUCAGGCCCAGGAGCUGGCUGAGGAGGUUUGCUGUGCUGUGGCCAGCGAUGUCGACACAGGAGAUCUAAUCAGCUUUAACUCCACAGCCCCCAGCCCCACACACACUGGUAGCAUGAUGCAAAUGUCAAGGCCGGGUUCACCCCUGCUGGUUUCGGAUUGCCUGCACCCCCUAGAGAGCGCCGACACAGGUUGCCCUUUAGAUGGCCUUGUAGGACAUCCCCUUCUAGAACCCUUACAGGACCACAUGCUUUCUCACACCUGGCUCCCCGAGAGGACUACUGUAAUUGGGUGCUGUCCAGACUUGCCUUCCCAGGUUAGGGAUUUCAGUCAGGAUCCAUAUUUGACCACACCUGAGCAGGUGAGGGACCUUCUGUAUAGCUCUGCAGACCUGCGGGAACCUGCUGGUAAUCUCUCAGGAGUACAGUGCUCAGGUAGGUGGGCACCCUGUGAACUUGAGCUACCAUCUUUAGCUCCUGUCCUCCUACCUGGGCCCAUCACUAGCCCCUCUUUUUCUUCACCCACCUGUUCUCACCUGCACCCUCUAAGUGAGCCCACCUACAUGGCAUUGCAUGCAAUGGUCCCCACCCAAUCAGGUCAGGGGAGUUGUGGCCUCCUGCAGCUACAUGAGGCAGAGACUGCAGGCCUGUCUGAUGCAUCUUCAGCUGGUAAUACAAUAGAUGACUGUAUAUCUGAGAGCCUGGAUACCCCUCAGUCAAGUGCAUGGUGUGUUCAUGAAAGAACCCUAGCAGGAUCAGAUUCGGAGGCCACAGCUGUAACAUCACACACUGAGUCAGUAUCACCUGCUUCAGCUGCCCAUAGCCUCCUUGACCAAAAUCUUUGUGAACUCAGAGAGGGGCAUCCUGGUGAGGGAGAAGAGUCUCCGCAGAUGGAAAUACAGAUGGAUAGAGACGUCUCUCGUGAUGACGACUCUCAGAAGUCCCUGGUGCAUGACCUUGAACUGGAAUUUGCUCUCGCAUCUGUUCUGGUUUCACCUGAGUCUGCACCUGAGCAAACAGUCCCAUCAUGCGUGAUGUUACUCUCCCCUCAGCCUGACUCCUUACCAGAGUGCAGCGGAGAGAAUCAAGAGUUCUGUCUGAAUAUACACACUCUGGGGACAGGUUCAUUAACUGAGUCACUGUGGAGCCUAAAUGGAGACAUUUCUGAAAUGUGUCAUUCCAUAUCACCACAUGCUGAUGACACCCAGAUUCCUGAACCACUUGCCUAUGAUUGUGCCUCUGACUCGGAGAGUCAGACCCCAUGGUCUCCUGCCUCUGAGAGUCAGGCACCAGCUGAAUAUGCUGCUGCCCUAGAAAUUCGGGAAACAAGGAGAAUAGCCCCACCAGCUGACUCCGUCCCUGCCUCUGAGAGUCAGGCAACCGCUGAUUCUGCCCCUGCCUCUGAGAGUCAGGAACCAUGUUCCCCUGCCUCUGAGAGUCAGGCACCAGCUGAGUCAGCCGCUGCCCCGGAAAUUCAGGAAACAAGAAGAAUAGCCCUGCCUGCUGACUCCGUCCCUGCCUCUGAGAGUCAGGCAACUGCUGACUCUGUCCCUGCCCUAGAAAUUCAGGAAACAAGAAGAAUAGCCCUGCCUGCUGACUCUGUCCCUGCCUCUGAGAGUCAGGCCCCAUGUUCGCCUGACUCUGAGAGUCAGGCACCAGCUGAGUCUGCCGGUGCCCCAGAAAUUUGGGAAACAAGAAUAGCCCCACCUCCUGGCUUCAUCCCAGCCUCUGAGAGUCAGGCCCCAUUCGCCCCUGCCUCUGAGAGUCAGGUACCAGCUGAGUGUGCCGAUACCCAGGAAAUUCAGGAAACAAGAAGAAUAGGUCCAUCUGCUGACUCCGUCCCUGCCUCCGAGUGUCAGGCACCCGCUGACUCCAUCCCUGAGAGAAGACCAACUCCAGCCACACUUGUCACUCAUGCUGCUCUGGACCACUCAUUUGAUCCAUCUGCAGAGCCAAUACCUGAAACUGACACCACCUCACCCACCUUUCAGGCCCAACUGCACACCUCACCCAUAGAACCAGAACCCUGUGAACCCAAACGUUUACACAUGGGUAGCCUAUUUGGGGAUGCAGGGAGCGAACAGACAAUCGACGCAUGUGUCGCAGACAUAUUAGUCCAAGUUGCACACACACUCAGUGCUGCACAUACACAUUCCCCCUCACCCACCAUGCCCUCUCACGAGGUGUUGACUUGCCCGCGUCAGUCAGAGACCCCCCCAGUGAAUGGUGCAACUCGACAGUGUUGGAUCAGCCCAAGUGACAGUGCUGCUGAAAAUACACAGGUACCCGAUGCGUCUGUGGACUCUUCCACUGCUGAUUAUGAGCGGACUUGCACGCGAGAUGUUGCGCCUGCAGGAUCUGGAACUCCAGGGGAUCCAAACCCAAGAAACAUCACAGCAAAGGACUGCCUGGCAUCCGAUGAAGGUCCUGAAAACACACACGCGCUAGCUGUCCCAUAUGGACAGAGCUGUGUGAACACACCCGCAGCGGAUUCGAUGGCUGUCCUCGCUGAGAGCUCGCCUUUGUAUGCAACAUUGCCUGCACCAGUUGUGUGUGUGCAGGAGGACAGAGAUAGCGAUCAGGAACAGGUAAGACAUUCCUUUGAGAGCCUUCCUGGCCGUUCAGACUCUUCCCCUCCCUCGGGUGAAGGCAGUCAGCUGACCAAAGUGGGCGUGGCUGUGGAGGAGGGGCAGGGCAGGGCCAAUGCCAGGCUCACUCAGUCAGCUGUCGUGAGUGCAGAAUCUGAUCCACCAGGCCAGUCUGAGUCCGAGCUGCCUCGGGUGACGCACACGCAGCCAAAUCUGUCUCAGGUAGCAGGCGUGCAGGUAAACGCACUCCUGGUUCUAAGAGAUGGCCGCCCCAGCGGAGUCUGCCCGCCGGAAGAAACGCACAGGCCGCUAAUGGAGAAGAACGUCUCCGUUCCCGGGCAUGCCGAAAUGGCUCUAGACCUGUACGUGAGCUCAGGCGCGGCCCAGGAAGGGUGCGCGGGUGCGGGGACGGUUUCCACGGCAACACAUCAGGAGGAGGAUCUCUCGGCGCUGCGGGCUGUUUUCCAGGCCCUGGAUCAGGAUGGAGAUGGAUUCGUUCGAAUUGAGGAGUUCAUGGAAUUUGCCACAGCAUACGGAGCAGAACAGGUGAAGGACCUGACGCGAUUUCUGGACCCAAGUGGCUUGGGUGUCAUCAGCUUUGAGGAUUUCCACAGGGGCAUCACUGCCAUCAGCAACGGAGGCUCCGAUCCUGAGCUGUACAGGCUCCAGCUCAGUCCACCAGACGGCAGCGGAGCAACAGAAGAAUAUGAUGAGCAGGCGGAAGUGUCAGACAGUGCAUAUCUGGGGUCGGAGAGCGCGUACAGCGAGUGCGAGACGUUUACAGAUGAAGACACGGGUGCGCUGGUGCACCCCGAACUGCACGAAGAUGUCGAGACAGACAGUGGUAUCGAAAACACACUCACAGAGAACGAGGAGCGCAACAGGUUCUCCCUUGGCGCUGAUUUGCAUGGUCACACCCUGGGUCCUGUGAUUUGUGGAGAAGAGGAGCACUUUGAAGACUUUGGGGAGAGUAACUCUGCUGCAGACCUAAUGCUGGCCAAUCAAGAGGAGGGGAGGGCGGCGCCUGAGGGAGAGGGAGACCCGGAGCCACACCCACAUCCUGUUAGCCCACUGCAUCGCCCAUCAAUGCGAGUGCCACCCAGCUCUGACCUUUUUCCCGCUAGCUUCCAGAGCUUUCUGCAGUCGGAAUCUCUGGAGUUCUUCUGCACGCACUGUCACAAACAGAUCAGCCGCCUUGAGGAUCUGUCUACGCGUCUGCACUUGCUAGAAAUGAAUAGCUCCAGCAAAAGGUUGUCCAGUAAGAAGGCAGCAAGGCAUUUGCUGCAAUCUGGUGGGCUGGAUGGCAUGAGCAGUCUUAGCCGAGACGUCCUAGACCUUGCUGACAGUGACAUCACUGAUAAGGUGUUGCUGUUGGAGCGGCGUGUAUGUGAGCUGGAGAAGGACUCCGAGGAGAGCGAGGAGCAGCACACUCGUCUCCGGCAGGAGAACCUGGCGCUGGUGCACCGCGCCAACGCCCUGGAGGAGCAGCUCAAGGAGCAGGAGCUUGGUGCUGAAGAGAACCUGCAGACCCUCACGCGCAGACACCGUGACACCCUCACCAAACUGCAGCGCGAACGAGACCUGGAAAUUGAGAAUCUGCAGGCCAGGCUACACCUGUUGGAUGAAGAGAACAGUGAGUUGAGGUCAUGUGUACCCUGCCUGCGAGCCAACAUUGAAAGACUGGAAGAGGAGAAAAGAAAGCUCCAGGAUGAGAUGGAUGAUGUCUCUGACAGAUUAAAUGAAGAAAUGGAGUCUCGCAGGAAAAUGGCAGACAAACUAAGCCACGAGCACCAUAGCAACCAGAAAGAGAAGGAGAGUACGCAGGAGUUAAUCGAGGACCUGCGGAAGCAGCUGGAGCACCUACAGCUGUUUAAGCUGGAGAUGGAGGCGCGCCACGGCCGUAUGCCUGGCGCCGGCCUACAGGAGUACAACACACACAUGAGAGAGAAUGAGCUAGAGCAGGAGAUCCGCAGACUGAAACAGGAUAACCGGAGUUUGAAGGAGCAGAAUGAUGAAUUGAAUGGCCAGAUUAUUAAUCUGAGUAUUCAGGGAGCCAAAAGUCUCUUUACCGAGUCCCUGUCCGAGUCCCUGGCUGCCGAGAUCAACAACGUCUCUCGAGCAGAGCUUAUGGAGGCCAUUCAGAAGCAGGAGGAAAUAAACUACCGCCUGCAGGAUUACAUCGAUCGCAUCAUCGUGGCCAUCAUGGAGUCCAACCCUUCCAUACUAGAAGUGAAGUAAUCACAAUGGCAGCAGGCAUUUAAGAACCCCCAGCCAAUGGCAGGCCAGGAUGUGAGGACUCCAGUGGACCCCAGUGUGCUUUCCAGAUUAAAGUGGAUUUAUAUUCCUGUUUUACAACUGCACCUCUGCUCUCGUCCCUAUUCAGCAGCUCUGUUUGGACAUUACUAAUGAGUGCAAUAGCUCUAGCAGGACCAUGUUCUGUGGACAAAUCACGUGUGUGUGUGUCUGUGUGUGCAUGCGUGCGCAUAUGGCUGUUGGUUCCUGUGACUUCCCUAUGUUGUGGGAUUGAGGGGCCCAAUCCCCCUCUCUCUGUGUGUGUGUGUGUGUGUGGUGUUCGUAUGUGCACUAUGUCUAAGAAAUGCCCUCGGCUAUUCACGCUACAUGCACAUUUAAUGAGUUUAGCAAAACCACGCACUCACAUACUAGGUUGCACACAAACCUACACCUGCUGAGACUGUAAAUGUUUGGCUUUGGUUUUGCUUGAAUUUAAUCCUAGUCCAGCUCCAUGAGUGAACCCAUGUGAGGGAUACCUUGUAUCCUGAGGGAGGGUGUGGGGGAGUGUGGCUGUGUUCUCAUAUUGAUGAUGUCCUAAUAAGAGUGAGAUGACCACUGACAGUUGUUUGCUAAUGUUGUUGUUGAACUCACAGAAGGUUUGGUGUAUUCAUGAUAUAUGUUUACUCAUUUGAUUUGUUUAUUUCAUCUUGUCUAUUUAUUACAAUGAAGCAGAAAGCAAAGGGUCGAAACGGACAAAAUCCCACAAGUCAUCUGAGGCCUCCCAUCUGAGCAUGGCUGUCCAUGUUUCCGGCAGGAAAAUAGCUGUUCUUUGCUGACAGGGAAGGUAGUGCUUUGUGGGAAGUGUAGUUCUGUGCCCAUGUGUUUUCUUGCUGAGUGAGAGAAGCUGAACCCAGCGGACUUCCUCCUGUGGCCGGGAUUAUGAAGAGAGACUUUCAAUUCUUGUACAAUAAGAGACUUUUCUCAUUACCUUUUGAAAAAAUUAUAUAUAUACACUUUCCUCACAUAUCUGGAUGAAAAUGAUUGCACUUUGAAAAGCAAUUUGAAGCGUCCUUCGGUUGCUUGGACACCUUGUGACAUUUUUGCUGAAUUCUGAUGGAGAGAGGAGGGCGAUGGGAUGAAGACAAGCUCAUGACAACUACUAAGAAGAGUAUGUUCACACAUGUUAUGCACACACAAGCUCACUGUAUGGAAAUUGUAUUCUGUAAAUGUUUUUUCCUCAUCUCACCAUUUCUGUUGGUACUUUUAUAGACGAGGAAAGGAGAUUUAGUUUAAAGUUGUCUUCUAACCCCUCACGCUCAUUUUGGCCAUGUGAUGGGCUGUGUGUGUGUUAUGUAUAUAUAUGUGUCUGUGUGUGUGUGUGUGUGUGUGUGUGUCUAGCUCGACUGGGACAGGUAUGGAGAGCUUUGAUUGUGCGUAUUAAACUACUGUCAGCCUAGUUUUAGGAUCAGUUUAUGCACAUAACACAGAGUAAAUAUAAAGGCAAACAGGCAGAUCUGAUCCCAUGUCAGUGUGGGCCUUGGGGACCCCUCCGGUUUCUCCGCUGGUACGAGGUCGAGAGCCAGAAACUUGAGAACGUUCAUACUGAGAGUAUGGAUGUCAAAGGCACGUUUCUCUUUUUGAAGGGUUAUGGGGAUUACAUUGUUGCUUUUCUCAUUUUUGUAAUGUUUUCUCAGUUUUCCUCAGCUCUACACUACACACUCACUCCAAACCAAACAUGCUUUUUUUGGGGGGGGGUGUUAAUCCCUUUUGCUCUUCCAGUACUCGUAUCGACCAAAAAGUGCUUAGAUCUGCUCUGCUGAAUUACGUUUUAGAGCUGUACAAAUGUUACCCUUUCGCAGAAUUUUAAAGACGCGAGCACACACACACACAACCCCACCCACCCAACAAAUGCAACUAUGUCUUUCUCCCCUAGUUAGUAGCCAGGGUCUGCUAGCGUGUGUGAGCGCGGGUCGCAUCUUUUAUUUCUCGGUCCGGAUCUAUUUUUCUCAAAUUUCAACAUGGAAAUGUGCUCCAGGUGCAAUGAAUGCACACUGUUGCUGAUGUGGAAAUGGUAAAUACUGAUGAAGAUGUGUAUAUAAAUCCUCUUUUUGUGAAUCUGCACUCACUUUCUAAUGUCCAAAGAAAACAUUUCACUGCUGAGCAGACGCUUCACUGGUCACUUAGAAUACUAAUUUUAGUUAAAAGUAAAUGUUUUAAAAAAAGAAGAAAAAAUCUUGUAAUGAAGGAUAAAAUUGUAAAAUGAAGUUUAUUCUGAUUAUCAAGUAACCUGUGUAAAUUAAGAGAUCAGUAUUGUCUUCUGCUGUAAGGAUUUUUGGUUUGUUUUCAUUUUCGGUUUCUUUUGAAGAUGCCCCGCAAGAUGCAUCACUUACUGUUUGGGGGUCCUAUAGAUUUUCAAGUAAUUGUACAAAAGUAACGAAUAAAUAAAAUGAACAUGCUCUGCUGA